GUCUCUCUCUCUCUCUCUAAAAGCAAGACACAUACGGAGGGAGAAGCGAAGCAGGUGACACCCGGGGGUUCCAUUUAACCACGUCCACUCUUCCUGAUCUUAUCGUGCGCCGCGCUAAACUUUUAACACUAGGCAACGCGACAAUAUACGAAGCUUGUACGGACUCCACCCGUCUUCUUCCCACCGAGUCUUCUUUGGUCUGACCGAUCCGAUCACCAAAACCCUAGAAUGCUUUCCUCCUCCUCCGAUUCUGCAGAUAGAAAGCCAGAAUCAAAUCAAACAUAGAGGAAACUUAGAGACUAAGACUUGACUUUUAGAGAGAGAAGAAGAAGAAGAAGAAGAGCGAUCAGAUGAUGCAGAGACAGAGCCCUCCGAAGCACCGACACGAUGGCACUUCGCCCUUGCCUUUGGGCAUGGAUUGGAGCCCUCCGCCUCGGAAAUGGAAUGGGCGGGACACCGUUUGGCCGCAUGAUUCUGGCACGGGAUGGAGUUACUGUGUCACAAUUCCUUCAUGGGUUGUCCGUCCGAAAACAAGAGAUUCAGAGCCUGUUGUGUUUUACAGGGUUCAGGUUGGCAUUCAAUCACCAGAAGGGAUUACAACUACACGAGGACUAUUAAGAAGAUAUAAUGAUUUUCUAAAGUUAUAUACUGUAUCUAAAAAGGCAUUUCCUAAGAAGAAUCUCCCGCCAGCUCCACCCAAGGGACUCUUGCGAAUAAAAAGCAGGGCAUUGUUGGAAGAGCGGCGGAGCUCUCUGGAGGAGUGGAUGACGAGGUUACUAUCUGACAUUGAUUUGUCAAGAAGUGUCGCGGUGGCAUCGUUCCUUGAACUAGAAGUUGCUGCAAGAACUUCAUUCCAAGAUGAAAACCAAAGCACUUCAGAAACAAAUGCUUCAGCAAAUAGCACAGCUUCUCCACUUCACGUUCAUCCUAAUUCAAGCCUCUCUGUCAUUGCUGGUAGUACAUCACUCACAUCAGAGAAUGGUAGUGAUACUCCUUAUGAAACAUCUGAAAUUGGAACACCAAGCCUAGGAAGGGAUAACAGUUCUGAAGGCGGUACAGAGGAUUUGUCAUUGGAUGAAGAUUUGACUAGUCCCAUAGAAAAGCUUGUGAAGUAUGGUAUGUCCAACAUUGACGAAGGCUUAUUUAUGGGACAGGCUAUUUUGGAACAGCUCGAAGGUUUACCUAGGCAUACAUUGCAUGCCAGAGAGAUUAACAAUGUCGUAGGGAAUAAUUUAGAUAAUGGAAAUGCUUCUAAAGCUGCUUAUCAUGCUGACAAUUGGAUUGAACAUUUCUCUGAACCAGAACAUGGUAAGGUAAUUGGUCAUGCUCGAAAGCUCUCCAAUGAAAGUGUUGGAAGCGACAUAAAUUCUUUAAGAGGUGGUGAAUUCUCAAAUUCAGGGUUUAAAAAUUCAUUUGUGGAGGGUCCCCUUGACCAUCUUGGAGGUCCUGAGAUUUCAAGAACCAUGGAAGGUCUUGGCAACACAGACUUUCAGUCAAGUGAUGUACAAUUAGUUCUUCCAGUGGAUCAACGCUACAAAAUGAACAGGGUUCUUAUGACCAUGCAGCGUAGACUGAUCACCGCUAAAACAGACAUGGAGGAUCUUAUAUCGAGAUUAAAUCAAGAAAUAACGGUGAAAGAUUAUCUUGCAACAAAGGUCAAGGAUUUGGAGGGGGAACUUGAAACCACUAAACAGAAAAGUAAAGAAAACCUUCAGCAAGCUAUUUUGAUUGAAAGACAGUUUCCAGUCACUCAAAUGCAGUGGGAUAUGGAGGAACUUCGGCGGAAGUCAUUUGAAAUGGAGUUAAAACUGAAGUCACAACAGGAUGAGAAGUUAGAUACAGAACCAACAAAUGUUUCUGUCACUCGGGAGAAAAGUUUGUUGCAAGAGUUGGAUGUGACCAAAAUGCAGCUUGACGAUUUAUUGAAACGACAUGAAGAGCUAGAAGUUAAAUCAAAAGCAGAUAUUAAAGUUCUUGUCAAAGAGGUUAAAUCUCUCAGAAGUUCUCAAGCAGAAUUAAAGAAGGAGCUUAGUCAAUCACAGAAGGAAAAAUCUGAGGCUGAGAGACUUCUUCAACUGGAGAAAAAAGAGUGUGGGAAACAUGCAAAAACUGCUAGGCAAAAGCUCCUUCAUGAAUGUGAGGUCCUUCGCAACAGGCUUCAGGAGUGCAGCAUUAAUUUCCUUGAUGAAAAUGGAGAUAGAUUAGUUGUGGAUUCCUCAUCAAUAUCAGAUGCCUUGGACCUCCUGGUCACAUCUGACAACCAAAUUGGCGUCCUCCUUGCAGAGGUGCAACUUUCAGCUCAAAAUGACUACAAAUUUUCAGAUGAUGAUCACAAGAUUGAUGACGAGACGAGGGCAGUAGAUGAUGAGUUGAGGAAUAUACUGAAAGAUAUCUUUAUUGAUAAUGCUAAAUUGAGAAAACAGGUCAACUCUGUACUCCGCUAUUCUCUCAAAAUGAACAUCUCAACUGAGAAAGAUGAUGACGAAGAUGGUCCGUCAGCAGAAAAUGUACAAAAUACAAAUGUAGAGAGAUGAAAAGGAGGGGAUGAUGAAUAUUGUAAAUUUUGUGAUAUAGAGGCACCCCUCAAAUCAAGGUUUAACAUUUUCGACUCAAAAAUAGUUUCAUCUCCCGAAGCACAUACAAAAUUUAAAUUUAGGGUAGACAGCCCCACAAAUCGCAUUGUAUUUUCCUUGUACAAUUGAGCUGAAUAACGAGGGCAAGUGGAAAACGAGAGUACCACCAAUGAAAUUAGAUGUUAUUUAUAACAUUCUCAGGUAUGAUCCAUUGGAUUGUAUUUUGUUAAGAAAUUAUAUGUGACCGGGUUGGUUAUACAUCAAUGUUAGAAGGUCCAUGGGAUUAUUGAAUUAUGCGUGGGCACUCCAGUAUAUUCGUUUCUGGUAAGGUCAAUUAAAUUAUAAUGUUUCAGUUUUGGUUC